GGUAGAAAACACAUGACUUCCACCGGACAGAAUAAAAAUUGAAGGGAAUGCAGUGGUUUCGAAUAUAGUGCCUAAAGAGAUUUAACCAACCCAACAAUCCAAAAUAUAGUUCAUAUUAUUUGAGAAUACCAGAAUGCUGAAACCUAAAGCCUUAGUAGAUGUGCUUGGACAAGCAAACACUGGCGGAGUCAUAAGCACAAUGUUAUUAAACCACAAAGGCUCAUUGCUAGCCUAUGCAGGCAGCGAAGACAAAGAUGUAAAGGUAACUGCUGCUGUGGCAUCAAACAUCUGGGCUGCUUAUGAAAAGGGAGGCAAAAUGGCAUUUCACAAUGAAGGACUUCAGUUCAUGUUCUUAAAUUGUGAGGAGGGAACAGUUGCUGUCACCAAAGUAGCAAACACACUUCUCUGUAUGUAUACACAGCCAGAUGUUGGUUUGGGACUUAUAAAGUCAAAAGCUGAGGCGUUAGCUGAAUAUUUAGAAGAGCCUUUAAGACAAGUGACUUCAUGAAAUAAUUGGUGUUUAGCUUAAAAAAUGUUCAUCUAACAUUUUUGUUACUGCAGGAAUUUUGUAUAUAUUUUUUGUUAAAUUGCAAAUCAAUGCUGUCAUGGUGUAUAAUUCAACUAACUGGAAAUGUUUCUUUUUACCUAAUGAUGAUUGGUUGCUAAUGUAAGUUGGAUCUUGCUGCUAAUGCUAUAUUUUGAUAAUGAAAAUUGGACAAAUUUUAAAAGUAAAAAUCAAAAUUCAGCAUGCCCACUAUCUUAUCUUGCCAUAUUUGGAAACACAUUCGCCUCAAUAUAAGAACUCUUCUGAAAAAUCCAUUAAUCUUUAAUAUUCUGCAGCAGUAAAUUUCUAAAUCGUUUGGUAAACUUAGUUUUAAUUUUGGAAAACUGUAAGAGCAGCAGUAUUAAUAAUUUUGAAUGAUAUUGAAA